AUGGCAAUGCUUUUCCUCCCUUUUAUGCAGCUGGUCCUGCUGGCGGCGGCACGCAGGACAUCCCAGGGGGAGCAUUCGCUGAAGACUGAUGAGGCCGCAAAGGAUCAUUGCUGCUGCAAGAAGGGGCUUUGCGAGCCAGGCCACAACUCUACGGAGGAGAUCUAUUCGCCGAAUGAUGACCUGUGCUGCAGGUUCAGAGGCGGCCCCUGCGGUCGCUUGUUCUCGUUCUCCUACUUCACAGCAGAUGCACCAGCCACAGGCUAUUGCCGGGAAGUGCCGCACGUUGUGUACACAGCGCCCGCCGUUGUGCAGGCGCCGGCACCUUCUGCAUUGACACCUGGGCAUCCGGCGCACACUGUGCAGACUUACUGCGACCUGGGACGCGGAGAGCUCACCCAAGAUGAGAGAUCUGCUGAGUCAUCCCAGAAGUUGGGCGCCAAGAGCAAUAUCAUGCAGACCAUGGUCAACGAGAUCACGAAGAACUCGAUUGACACCAUGGCCAAGGAGAUCUUCUCCAUCUACCUGUGCUCUCGUUGGGCUCCCAGCUCUGACUUCACUCAGAUCUUGGAGGACGAGAAAGCAGCGAACCAGCUGCCCAAGGAAGAGCCCGCCGCGCUGUACAAGGAGGGCCGCUUCAUCCCACUGCGCUGCAGUGAGAACUUCAAGGUCUUCAACGACGUGGGCCUGGGGGAAACCAGCUUCCAGGUCUUUGAGGAGCAGGUGCGGUCGCUGGCUUCUUGGUACGAGGCGGAGAAGGAUGGGGCGGUGGCCGCCCGCCUGGCGAAGCUGCGAGGCGCAGAAUUUGCAGAAGCCGCGGCCUUUGACAUCCCGACGGUGGUGAAGGCGCUGGAGGGCUGCGAGGUCAACGAGACCCUGCCGUGGGAUCUGUCGGUGUCGGAGGCCUCCGGCGCCCAGCUGCUGAAGAACUGCCGCGCGGGGAAGUGGUGGCUGGGGAAGCUCACAGAUUGGCAGCGCGCCAUGCCCUUCACCAGCUUCAUGUCGCCGGAUGAGGAGGCAGCCAAGGUUGCCCCGCAGGGCAAGGAGCAGAUCCUCAUGUGUUUCGGCAAGCGGGUGGCCUCGCAGCUGCACCGAAGGGAAGGUGGGCAACACCUGAUGACGGAUCAGAAUGCUAUUGGAUGCCAUGGCUUCUGGGACCUGGCCCAGGCGGGGAAGAUGCUGGACCGCAUCGUGAAGCUCUGGCGCCCCCCCACCUGUCAGCUCGCCAGCAUGGAGCUGGACAUGAAGGUGAAGAUCAUGGAGCUGAUUGCGAACAUGAACUCGCGGCUCUUCGACGCGCUGCCCGCGCUCUUGACGGAAGAGCUGUCAGGUGCCGACUUCGACGGCAAGGCCUUGGCGGCAUCCUCGCUGGGCUCCAGUCUGCUGCGUGGGGUGUGGGACACCAUCACCCACAGCUUCUCCUCGAUGCGGGGGCAGUACACACGUCUCGGCCAGCUCCUGGGCAACACGGUGGUGAAGUGGGCGGUGUGCCCCCUGAAGAACAUCUCCCAGACGGAGGACCUGCAAAAUUUGGACUCCGCCCUGGGCACGGAAGAUGACCUCGCCAGGUACUAUGCGGAGAUCGCCUACGCCAAGUGGACGGGAAGGACGAAGUUGCUGCCUGGAGAGGAGUGCACCUCCAACCCGAGCUUGCCCAGCACCAUGGCCUGCAGCAUUGGGAUUAUGCAGCAGGACAUGCCAGAGCCGUACAGGGACGACCAGUUCAUUUGCCCGGUGAGGCCGUUUUUGCCUGCCAAGCAGCAACUUGAGGUCUUUCAGAAGAAGAAGGGCUUUUGCCCCCUUUCCAUGAGCACAGUUCAGAUGCGCAAUGCCAGCUGGUUCUUCCGUGGGCGGACCCCACAGAGGAAGCAAUAUGACAUGAAGGAAAACCUGCCCAAGAAGGACAUCCAGGGUGUGAGGAUCAUGGACUUCAAGAGCCGCCAGGACACGGACUUCCACGUGUGGCGCUCCUUCGUCACCACCUCUUUGCAGUGUACGCUGGAGGAAGCCGAGGAGACUCCUCGCUGGUGCGCAGAUCCCGAGGUCCACUACUCCCAGACUUCCAUGAACGGCUUGGCGGAUGGGGUGGGCCGCGCAGGCCGCGGCGCCGCUCAGCUGGUGGCGCACGGCAUGCACCAGGCGGGUGUAGGGGAGCAGCCGGUGGGCAACAGUGCCGCGGGCAAGACGUUGGCCCGGUGGCUCUACAGAAAUGGGAAGGGCCUUCAGGCCUGGCUCAAGGAAAGCACCGGCAAAGCUUCCCAGCGCUACGAGAAGUUGCGGGAGCGCAGCUUCCAGGAACUCGAGGCAGGGGAGCUGGUUCAUAGCCUUUCCUUCCAGUCCGAGCUUGAGAGUACGGGAGCGGACACCAAGCGCAAGCAGAGGUACGACCGCUACGUGGUAGUUGCCCCUUGCAAGACCAUGGACCCUGAGACGGAGUUCGACCUGAAGUACACCACCGCAGAGCAUGCGCUCCAGCUGGCGCGUAAGGCGAAUCAGAAGUUUGGCUCCGUGGACUCCUCGGUGCUCACCGUGGAGCUGGUGGGCUCUGCGGUGCUGAAGAUGGGGGGCGUGAGCAACGCCUGGCUGGAUUUCCACACCUUGAUCCGUGCUGGCGGGGCAGAGCUGGGCGCCUUCAUCGAAACGGCGACCCCGAUCCUGGAGGGCCUCUCGGGGGUUUUGUCGGCCAACACCGGCGCCAGCCUGCGCGCCUCGGACCUCGUGGGCUUCCAGGUGCAGUUCCGGUGUGGCACCCGGAAGGCGAUGCAUGACCUGCCAGCGCGGCCGGAGGUGGAGCCGGAGGGCCCAAAGUUCGCCACGUGCGUGGCCCAGGGCGCCGCCAAGAACAAGGAGCUGAGGCAGGCCUCCCCCGGGGCGGCCUACUUGCGAGAGGAGGUGGUGGUCCGAGUGACCUUCCACUCCUCAGGUGUUUGUGGGAAGCAGCUGGACCUGGCCAAGCUGGGCAGCAGCAAUGAGACCCAGAACCCAGUGUACCAGACCUUCUCCGGCAUCUCGGGUUGCUCUGGGGUGCCAGCAGCGGUCGCGAGCUCGCUGCCGGCAGAAGUGAAGCAGGAGAUGGAGGCGGCCAACUUCCGGGGUCUACUGCUGGGGAGCGGUCUCCCGGACAAGACCCUCUAUGAGGUCUUGGUGGAUCCAGAGGAAUUUCUGCAGGAAGUUCCACUGUAG